CAAACCGCUUGGGUUUAUAUUCCCUCUUGCAGUGCGGGGUCAGCGCAUAAAAAUCGCAAAGCAACAAAUUUUUAUUUUCUGAUAUACCAACUCCACCAACAUGUCUCUUCAAGCCAUCAAAUACUUCGACAACCAGUUGCAAAUAAUAGAUCAACUGCAACUCCCUUUCGUCACCGAAUAUAUUCCCAUUCGAUCUGCGCAAGAUGGUUGGUAUGCGAUUAAAGAAAUGCGCGUCCGUGGCGCCCCCGCGAUUGCGAUUGUCGCAAUCCUGUCGCUUGCCGUUGAGUUGAACGAGAUACACACAGCGGGGAAAUUGUCAUCUUCUUCGGAAGAGGUUGGCCUGUUUAUCAUCGAAAAGCUCCACUACCUCGUCACCAGCAGGCCGACUGCUGUCAACUUGGCUGAUGCGGCGCGCAAGUUCGAAAACAUGGUGACUGAGCACACGAGGGCCCAGGAUUCUACGGGACAGUCACUUGUUGCCGCGUAUUUGAAAGAGGCGGAAUUGAUGCUCGUUCAUGACCUUAGUGACAAUCAGAACAUUGGCGAGUACGGAGCAAAAUGGAUUCUUGAGCGAGCAGCGACACAGGGCCAAAAUAAGGUCAAUGUUCUCACACAUUGCAACACGGGCUCGCUUGCGACUGCGGGGUAUGGUACAGCCUUAGGUGUCAUCCGAUCGCUUCACGCCAAAAAUGCACUGAACCGCGUAUACUGCACAGAGACCAGACCUUAUAACCAAGGUGCGCGCUUAACAGCGUACGAAUUAGUGCACGAGAAGAUGCCCGCAACCCUUAUAACAGACUCCAUGGCUGCGUCCCUACUCGCCAAAUCCCAUUCAAAAGUAUCGGCAAUUGUUGUCGGUGCAGAUCGAGUAGCGGCUAAUGGCGAUACUGCGAACAAGAUUGGAACAUACGCUCUUGCCGUACUCGCAAAAUAUCACGGAGUUAAAUUCCUUGUGGCUGCACCGCGGACGACCAUUGAUCGAGGAACUCUGACGGGGACUGAAAUAGUAAUCGAAGAACGUGCCCCAUCCGAGGUGACUACCAUCAAGGGUCCCUUGCAGGGGCGCGUGGGAGACACUCUGCAGAUGGAGACCAUUCAGUUGGCAGCCACCGGUAUCGACGUAUGGAAUCCUGCAUUUGACGUCACACCAGCAGCCCUUAUCGACGCUGUUAUCACCGAGAAGGGAGUUGUGGAAAAGGGCUCAGAUGGUUUCUUUCAUUUCGAUGCGCUCUUCGAGGAAUCGGCUUCUUCAUGAUGCGUUGGUUGCUUAUCGCCGGAUGACUGACUAGACCCUCCCUUUCCGUUUGGUCGGGUUUCUUGCUGCCCGUCAGGAGGAUUGUCUUCUACCGCGGCUAGGAGCUCGUCUAUCUUUUGCUCUAGCCUAGCCAAAUGAUUUUCCAAAGCAAGAGCUGUGUUUUCGCCGCUAGAUUUAACUUGGGUUAGCUGAAAUUCCAGGAGGGGCUGUUCCUCGAGAGACGCACUGGGCUAGGUCCUUGAAAGCCUGUUAUAGUCAAUCUAAAUUAACAAUACGUGACCGAGAGGGGACCUGUUUCUCAAGCAUAAAGGGGGAAAUCUUGUGUAGCAGACUCACCUUUGCUAAGUCCAGAUCAUCUGCUGA